ACUGGGAUGACAAUGGCCGCGCCCUGGGUUUAAUUCUUGGUUCCAGCGUUGCAGUGCGCGAAAGGCAGAAUGCCCUCGAAGGACUCGGUCUCAGACGUGGACAAAUUUAUAUUUGGGCAUAGAAAUCAAUUGGAGACAUCUGCUGUUCCGCAACACUUGUGGGAACCGCUUUACAACAAGCUAGAAGGCAGUGUGUUCGACGCAGGAGAGGUGUUCCAGAUAGUGGAGGUUCAGCUCGUAGACGAUGACGACUGCGACGGGGAAUCACCAGAGGGAAGCUCGAAUGCUGGACUACAACAUACCUGGAAAGUAAUCGUAAUAAAAGAACAUGGUCUGGCUGUUGCAGAAGACGUGUACCUGAUUGACCACGCGUGGACGUACCGGCCGCAUCAGGCCAAGGAACAACUGCAGCAGGUUCCGGGCCUGUUGAAGAGGAUGGCCGCGUUGAUGGACGUCGCUGCGGAUGUCACCGUGGACAACGAAGAAGAGGUUCUGUCCAACGUCCUGGAACGAAUGUGGUUAUACAACCAGACGUACAGCGUUGGGGGACCUCGUGUGACAACGGAAGAUUCUGCACCCAUAUGGUAUGUCAUGGAUGAGUUCGGAUCUCGCAUCCAGCACAGCCGGGAGCCUUCCUUCCGUUGUGUACCCUUCUAUUACCUGCCGCACGCAGCCUCGUAUAGCCUCCUGUUUCCCAUCAGGGAGGUUCCCUGUGCUGGCGAAGUGACGAGGAACUUUGCGGAAGGUCCCCCGUGCGAUCGCCUCACCGAGCAGGCCCUCCUGCUUCCGUGGGAGCCGUGCGACAUGACCUCCGUUGACUGCAAUCAGCGGGAGCCCAGCCUGGAGUACUUUCGGAGUGGCCGAAAAGAGGAAUCCAUGCCCGAUCGCACAGCCCUGGCUCCAGCCAUGCCAUCGGACCGACCGCUCAAAGUUUUUUCCGAAUACAGGUACAUCAACGAGUAUCUCAAACACCCAGCCUUUGAGUUUACGGACAAGGAGCACGAGGCAGAUGUCCUGUGGCUCAACUAUCACUACAAGAAUUACCGCGAACUGAGUCGAGAAACGGGUUGGAAGCGAGUGAACCAGUUCCCCUUUGAGCAUGUGGUGACAGUGAAGGACCUGCUGGCAGUCGUCUGCCGUCGAGCUGCCGCGGCAGAAGUGGUGGACCCUGGCACUUUGGAGACGAGCCCUUCCUGGUUGCCCACCACCUAUAACCUCAAGACGGAACUCCCGAUGUUUGUGUCCUAUUUUCAGCUGAGGGAGAAGAGGGGGCUGGACAACCAUUGGAUCUGCAAGCCCUGGAACCUGGCAAGAAGUCUUGACACCCACGUCACCAAUAGCCUGAACUGCAUCCUUCGGCAGCCAGCGACUGGUCCGAAGAUUGUCUGCAAAUACAUCUCCGACCCUGUGCUGUUCCCUCGCGAGGACGUCGGACUGGUCAAGUUUGAUUUCCGCUACAUAGUACUGCUUACGAGCGUGGAGCCACUGCAGUUGUAUGCAUACAAGAAUUUCUGGCUCAGAUUUGCAAACAAACCAUUUGCUCUGGAUGACUACGAAGACUACGAGAAACAUUUCACUGUAAUGAACUAUGCGGACACUGACAUGAAGCAGAUGCUGUGUGCCGAAUUUGUGGAGAAAUUUGAUGAUGCCUAUCCAAGCACGCCGUGGUCUGGAAUCCAGGAACAAGUGUUUGGAUUACUACGAAGUGCAUUUGAGCAGGCAGCAUCCAGUCCUCCGCCUGGUGGCAUCUGUCCGAACCCCCAGUCACGUGCUAUGUACGCUGUCGAUCUCAUGAUCGAGUGGGACACUUCCAGUGGCGAGAAGGGAGUUCAGCCCAAACUAUUGGAGGUAAACUGGGCACCUGACUGCCAGCGAGCCUGUCUCUUCUACCCAAGCUUUUUUGACGACGUCUUUUCUACGCUCUUCCUCGACGAACCUACGGAUAGCGUUAUUCCGUUAUAGGCGUUCUUUUCUUAAUCCUUGAGUUUGUGAAUAAAAUACGGCAAUGGAA